AUGUUUUUAAGGAAUCUGUGUGUAUUUUCUCCUUCCCAACCACUGGAUGUCAAAACCAAGUUUUACGACUCAGACAAGGAUGACUUAUUUCUUGAAGUCCAGAUUCAAAACAUUUCACCUGUAACUGUGUUUAUACAAAAUGUUUCUUUGGAGGUACCUGAAAUGUACACCCCCAAACCAUUAAAUACUCUCCACCUGGAUGGAAAGGAUGAGUGUACAUUUGGAACCAGAACAUUUUUGCAGGCAACAGAAGGACGCUGCUACCUAUACCACCUGCAGGUCAAGAAAGAACAUUUGAAGAGAGCAAGAUCCCUCAGUGGCCUAACGAAAAUGGGAGAGUUAAAGAUCCUGUGGAAAAGGGAUCUUGGCGAGAUGGCAAUGCUGUUCUCAGUCCCACUUGAAAGAGAAGCUGAAAGUUGUGGAGACCUAAAGUUAUCUUUGGAGAAAAUUCCAGAUACUGUAGUCCUAGAAGAACCAUUUCAAAUGACCUUCAAGAUAACAAAUUGCUCUGAUAAGAAAAUGAACCUGAUCGUGAGAAUGUACAAUACGUCUUCUGUUCACUGGUUUGGACGUUCAGGAAGCUACCUUGGCAAUCUGAUUCCAGGUUCAUCUACUUCAUUUACCCUGACACUAAUGUGCUUACAGCUAGGCCUGAGAAGGAUUUCUGGCUUACGGAUAAUAGACACAGCAUUAAAGACCAAAUAUCGCUAUGAUGGCGCUGCAGAUGUCUGCGUAGUGCCUUCUAUGGACACAAUGGAAAGCUAA